AUGGCGGCAGCGGCAGCAGCUUUUAACAGACCUCCACCAGCUCAUCCAGGACCAAACACCGAGAACCUCUCCUCCUACUACAACAGCAGCAGGGCAGAAAACUCUGGACAGCAGGAUCCAGGUCAGCAAGGCACCAACCGGGAUGUUGGACCCCACAUGUCUGCCCGGCCCGUCCUGUAUGUCCCUGUUCCACCUCCACACCCUUUCCUCCACUACCAGUGGCCCAUGCCCUUCUCCUAUAACCCCUUUACUGGCUUUCCAGGCAUGGGUGAGUCUGACUUUUGACAUGUUCAAGUGAUGGUUUGAUUCAGGUGGUAGAAAACAGAAUUUUCUACCUCCUACCUUGAGUCAAGUUUAAAUGACCAAUACUGUCCGCACUCUGAUCAUCAGAUAUUACAGUCAAAUCCAGCGGUCCUGAGACAUGGAACAGGCCAAACUCUGUUCUGAUCCUGUCUUUACAUUCAUGUCAUUUUAGCUGGAGUCUAGAAACAGCUCGAUUGAACUUUUUUUCCUUCAAAUCUAAUAAUUUUUGAUCUCUGCUAACAUCCUUUAGUUCAGUGUAGUGUUGACUUGUGUAGAGUGUGGAGCUUUAGUAUUGGGUUGGAGCAGCUUGUCCAGAUGUUCAUAAUGUUGUGGUAGCUCAGUGUAUGUAUCCCAGAACAUCACACAUCACUACUGUUGGACUAUACACAGACAUAAAGCCAGAUGCAGUCCUCAGUCUAUCUUCAUAGAGUUCAGGUCUAGAGCUGGUACCAGUGUUGUUCUAGAUCAUGAGUUUUUUUGUUUCCAAGGUUGAACCUGUUUUAUCCUGUAUUCGUGAGGGCAGUGAUGGGCUGUUUUAUUGAGGAGCCCAUGCAGUGAUUCUCACUCCAGAGUCAUGUCUGUUUUGAUGCAGUGCUGCCUGAGACUCGAAGACCAGAGCCAUCCAGUGGUGGUUCUUAGUCUUGUUUCUUUCAAUGAUAUCAUGGACUGUAGAUGAUGAAACCCUCAUGAAUUCUCAUUUUGAUUCUUUGUCAUUGAAUGCUGGCAGACAUGCUUCUAUUGGACGAUUUGCUCUGGCAGUCUCUCCACACAGGGUGGUGAAUCUCUGAGACUGACUCUGUGUGAGUCUUUGUGUGUGAACUCUUCAAAGGAUCCUCAGAAUCACCAAAUACAUUCAAGCACAGUGGUUCUCAAGUCCAGUCCUCGAGGCCCACUGUCCUGCAUGUUUUGGAUGUUUCCCUGCUCCAACACACCUGAUUCAAAUGAUCAGCUCGUUAUCAAGCUCUGUAAUGGCUUAAUAACGAGCUGAUCAUUUGAAUCAGGUGUGUUGGAGCAGGGAAACAUCCAAAACAUGCAGGACAGUGGGCCUCAAGGACUGGACUUGAGAACCACUGUUCUAGCAGAAUGAAAAUGUUCAUCCUCAACCUUGAUUUCUCUUUAUUUCAACAAUAUAUUUAUUUUUAUCCACCAGGCUACGGUAUGGUGAUGCCCCCCAUCCCCCCUCCUCUCCCCUUCAUGGAGGCUCCAGCCUACGUUUUGCCUCAUCCUCACAUCCAGCCGCUGGACACGAGACGCUUUCCCUACCCCUCAGUCCCUGUUCCUGCUGCACCCUAUCAGUACUCAAACCAGACUCGCAGAGUCCGUCCUCCUCAUGCUGCUCCUGUUAGAGAAACCACGAACUCUGGGGUCCAGACAGACCCCAGACAGAGAAGCUCAGGGGCUUAUGGUGAGGUCAGCCCACUCAUCAGCUCAGACUCUGGCUGUGGAAACACCUCAAACAACGUGUCCCCCUCCAGUUCCCACAAACAAGACCAGGCAGAGGCUGAAACCCUUACAGAGGAUUUCCAGGUUAACAAGAACUGUUCAAGGACCACCGUCAAUCAGGGAUUCAACAAUCUUCAUCAUCCUGCAGGAACAGAGAUGGUCCAAUCCUGCUCCAGAAAAACAGCAGAAACCCAGAACAAGGCUGUUCAGGAGAAGGUAGCUCCCUGCAGACAUGGCCCCCGCAGCAUGUGGUCAGUGGACUCUCCUGGUGAGGUGGUUCCUGUGUGCAGCUCCUCUCAACAAGAGGAUCCAACCAUUCCAGAGAGACGUGUCUCCGUUCCCGACAUCCUCUUAAGCUGGAGGGGUGGCACACCGCAGGGACUCAUGCUGAAGACGUCUGACAAAGUGCUUCCCAUGAAUGACCAGCAGCUGCUGUCUGAUGAAGCCCGAGUAGAGAAAGAUGAGUCGGUUCAGCAGAGUCCAGCUGAGACCAGUCCUGUGAAGUCUGACAGAGCAGCUCUUAACAAUGAUGAAGAUGAGGGUACACAAAGUCUUCAAGACACUGACCUCCUUUUCAAGAUCCUCAGACUGCCUCUGGGUCCUCAGGACCUCCUCUCAGAGUCAGAUCUGCUGCAUUUCUGUGACAACUAUCAAGACCCCGACACAGAGACAAAUCCACAUGCAGACAGCUCGGGGAUCCCUGUCCCUCAGAUGAUGGUGGAUAGUUUUCAGAUGAAGAGAAAAAUGAACGAGUCACUCUGGUCUGUGGAGUCUUUAGCCCCCUUCAUCCCCAAUAAAGAGGUGCUGCAGCAGAGCAGCACCUUUGAGCCUGAAGUCAUUGCUGAGAUGGUGGAGCAGGAUGAGAAUGGACUUUUAACUCUGAACAAUAACUCUGUUUUUAAAGCUUGUAAAGAGAGACGGCACAGCCGCAGGAUUUCCUCCUCUGACUCAGUUCCAGUAUCAGACGGCUUGCUUGUUUUCAGUACUCCAGCUGUGAAGCAAAGUCAAUCCCAGAAGCUGAGGACAGAGAAUGAAACUGAUGUCUCUGAAACAAAAGAAUCACAGCACGGCCAGAGCACCACUCCCUCAGCUAAAGUCCCCUCAGCUUCCUCACCUCAACUGCAGAGUAGAAUCAUUUUAUCUCCUCCUACUAGAGAGGAGGCAGAUAGAAGUCGGUCUUCUGAACCAGAGGCUGAUCCAAGCCCAAACCAGGAAUCUUCUCUUGUCGUUGAGCAGAAGGAGAAAAGCCCCUGCUCCUCUGAGCAGGGGGAAACUCUGCUCUUGAACUCUGCAGAAGAGGAGAAAAUGUCCCCUCCAUGUCAGCUGCUCCUCAAAGAUGAAGUGCACAGGAAAUCAGACGAUGGAGCCGGAGACAUCUCUGAAGUGGGUCCACCAAAAACCCAGCAUCUGAGCGUCCCAGGAACUGUCCAGAUGAUGGCUGAUGUGUCUCCAUCAAAGGGACAUCUAGUGGACUGUGGCGUCCAGUGUUCAGUGAUGGAGGAUCACAAGUGUCCAUGUGAUGAGAGGAGCCGCUGUGGACCAUACAAAAGGCAUCAUUUGAAACCUUCAAGUAGUCCUGUUUUUUGACUCCUCCACAUUUGACUGAAAUAAAGACAAACUUGUUUUUUUAAUAGUAUCUUAUCUGGUAGAUGUGAGAAAUGCGAACAGCUUUAAGGGGGAGGAAUUCGGCCCAAAUGGACAGAUGCCAAAGAACCAGAGAAGAAACGGUCCAUGGAGGCACAGAGGUCAAGGUAAUGCAGCUUCUUAUAAAUGGAUGAAAGUGAAAAGACCCAAAACAAGUCCAGAUACAAACUGUUUUGAGAGCACCAAAAGGCCCAAAACAGCAAAUUUGAUUUUAAGUCUGUCUUACUGUCAACAAAGAAAAACAAGUUUCACCAGCAGGAUCUGCCUGAGUGGAUUCAGACUUUUAUAACCAUGUACAAAUGUCUAAACCUCCAUUUGCUGAGAUCAUCUUUUCUGGGUGACUCUUCUCUGAAUAUACCUGAUUCAUUUGUUUCUUCUUUCAGGUGGAAAUAGGAGAAUUCAACCGUACUGA